CAAUUUUCAUGAUUAAAUUAUAUAUAGAUUGGAUCUCACAACCAUCUAGAGCAGUUAAGGCAGUCUUAGACAUCCUCAAAGUUCCUCAUGAAGUCAAAGCCUUAAAGAUUUAAUUUGAUGAGCAUAAGUCUCCUGAAUUUACAGCUAUUCAUCCAUUAUAAUAAUGUAAUUAAAGUGAAAAAAAUCUUUAGUGCCUUUAUUACAAGAUGGAGAUUUUACUGUGGCAGAGAGUCACAAUAUAAUGAGAUACGUCAUUAAAUAGAAAAAUAUAUAAACUCAUUUGUAAAUUUCUAAAUAGUAAUUAGAUAUCCACUCAUAGACAUCAAACAAUAAACAAGAAUAGAUCAAUAUCUUGACUAUCAUCAUACAAAUACGAGAAAAUGUUUAAACCUGUACCAUUCUGUGUUGAUAUCACCAAUUAAAGGAGAAAAGGUAUUUCCUGAAAUAUUGGACAAAGAAAGAUAAGAUGUGGCAAAAGUAUUUUCAUUUUUUGAAAGCAGUAAUUUAUAAAAAUUAUCUAGACUGGCUAAAAGGUAAGAGUUAUAUUUGUGGAGAUUAAUUAACUUUAGCUGAUAUAAGUGCAUGCAGUGAAAUGUUGUAAUUAGACAUGAUCAAAUUUGAUUUCUAAAAAUAUCCAAUUACAAAUGCAUGGCUUCAUCGAGUGAUAAGGAUUCCUGAAGUUCAUUAAGCUCAUAAUGUGGCUUUCAAAAUAAUAAAGAAAUAUAAUCCAAGUUCCGAAUUCUUGAAAUGA